AUGGGUAUCGUAAACGGCAUCAAUCGAGAGCCUGGGGCUUUUGCUCCAGUGCCGAUUCUACAACAAGGUCUGAAUGAAGACAGCGCUCGGGCAACCGUAGCUCACGACGAGGUCUUUGGCGAUAUCACAGAAGAUGGACCCAACUACCGAGAUGUCGGUUGGCUAGGCACUUCUGCACUUAUGAUGAAGACCCAAAUCGGGCUGGGCAUCCUCUCGAUCCCGUCGGCGUUCCACACUCUGGGCCUUGUCCCUGGACUGAUAUGUCUGCUCGUCAUUGGAGGCAUCACCACUUGGUCCGACUAUAUUAUUGGGACAUUCAAGCUUAACCACCGCGAGGUAUACGGUAUUGACGAUGCAGGCGGUAUCUUGUUUGGGCGUUUUGGACGAGAGUUCCUUGGGAUCAGCUUUUCUUUGCUUACCAUCUUUGCUUCCGCGUCAGGAAUAUUGGGCAUCUCUAUCAGUUUCAAUGCUUUGUCGACGCAUGGGACAUGCACAGCUACUUUUGUCGCGGUAGCCGCGAUAAUCGUCUUUCUGUGUGCUAGCAUCCGCACCUUGGGCCGCAUAAGUUGGCUGGCGUGGGUGGGAGUGAUCUCUCUCAUGGCAGGCGUUUAUGUCGUUACCAUCGCCGUCGGCAUGCAAGACCGACCCUCAGCAGCUCCAAAGAUUAACCUCGAGGACAAAUGGAAGUCCGACUAUAAGCUAUAUGGAACACCGAGCUUCACGGAAGCAAUGUCGGCUCUCUCGACAAUGGUCUUUGCCUAUGCUGGCACACCCCUGUUUUUCCCUAUUGCCGCAGAGAUGCGCGAUCCGCGCCACUAUACCAAGGCCAUGCUGCUCUGUCAGUCAGUUGCAACUGCGACAUAUAUCAUUGUGGGAGUUAUUAUAUACUACUACUGUGGCUCCUAUGUUGCUUCGCCUGCUCUGGGAUCGGCUGGCAAGACUAUUAAGCAAGUUGCGUACGGCCUUGCUUUGCCAGGUCUGAUCGUUGGUGCGACCAUCAAUGCUCAUGUUACAGGAAAAUACGUCUUCGUUCGAGUCCUCCGAGGUUCAAGGCAUCUCACAGCCAACACCGUCACUCACUGGGCUACGUGGCUAGGCUUGACCUUUUCUGCAGCUUUGUUAGCCUACAUCAUAGCGAGUGCAAUCCCCGUCUUUGGAAGUCUCGUGUCUCUUGUCGGAGCUCUCCUGGGAACACUGCAAACAUUCCAGCCCUAUGGUUGCUUCUGGCUAUACGAUAACUGGUCCGCAGGCAAGCAGGAGAGAUCUCUAAAGUGGGUUCUUAUGGUCAUAUGGAGUGGUUUUGUUAUUCUUUCUGGAACAUUUCUGAUGAUUGCUGGAACAUAUGGAUCUGUUAUUGGUGUCAUCGACUCUUAUAAGGAGUACUUUCAAAGUGAUCUUACAAGCAAAUCGAGUCAGAUCAUCGGAGCAGAUUGGGCAAAAAUCCUUCACAUUGAUAUUAUAUUCGGGGGCAUCCGAUUUAAUAAGGUCAUGUCUCUUACCUGGCGUAUCUCAGUCAACGGGGAGACUGAUAGCCCUGAAGACUAUCUCUCAACUGCCUUGGGCGUCAUCUUCCCCGACGAUAUCACGAAUCAACAUGGCGAUGCGGAACACAACCUCUCCUAUGCCUCACCUCAUCUCCCCAAGCCCCUUGUCAUCGACCUCGCCGACCCUGUAAAGGAGGAUGACCGCAAACUGUUCUCACAUUACCUCUGGAAUGCUUCGCUCCUGCUCGCAGAGUUUAUCGAGGCCGACUCUCUCAGCAUUCCUCUUGAGAACCCUCGUGAGGCACAGGAUAGCACUUCAUUCAACGUGAAGGGGUUGGAGACUCUUGAGCUCGGAGCCGGAACCGCGUUACCGAGUAUCAUGGGUGGCCUGCUAGGCGCAAAGCGUGUCGUUGUCACAGACUAUCCAGCUGAGCCCGUCCUCAAAACCCUUCGCACCAAUGUCGCUCGCAACAUCCAACCCUCUCUAUCACCCGCUGGUGCUGAGGCAACUCCCUCCUCUGCAGUCUCCGUCCAGGGCCAUUCCUGGGGUGAGCUCGAUGACACUUUCAGCACAUCAGCUGCUCACUCGUUCGACCGUGUCAUUGCCGCCGAUUGUCUCUGGAUGCCUUGGGAACACCAGAACCUUCACCGCUCCAUCGCCCACUUUCUCAAGCAAACCCCCGAGGCUAGGUGUUGGGUUGUCGCUGGUUUCCAUACUGGUCGAACAAAGAUGAGCGGGUUUUAUGAUGCAGCGGCACUUCAGAAGGUCGGACUUGAGGUUGAGAGGAUCUGGGAGAGAGAUUGCAACGGCGAGGAGAGGCCAUGGGAUACUGAACGUGAGGACGAUGUUACAGUGCGCAAGAGGUGGCUCGUCGUCGCUUCGCUGAAGUGGAUUUCAACCUCGUGA